AUGGCCCGAAUCAGCAUUCCCAUCGAUGCCCUCACUUCCCGUCUCAACCUUAGUGAUCGCUUUAACAGCGUCCGGUCGCAGUCGAUUGCGUCGCGCUUUGCAAACAUUCGACCCAUCUCCGAGUUUCUCGACUUGAAGAGAUUGUCAAAACCAAACAACUUUGGAGAGGUGCAGGCCAGAGUCAACUACAACCUGAGCUAUUUCUCCAGCAACUAUGCCGUGGUCUUUGUCAUGCUCAGCAUUUACAGCCUGCUGACCAACCUAUGGCUUCUUUUCGACAUCAUCCUGGUCGUGGGCGGCAUGUGGGCAAUCGGCAAGCUGGGGGGAGCUGAUCUCGAGAUCGGCACCUUCAGAGCGACAACCUCUCAGCUGUACACCGGCCUCGCUUGUGUGGCUGUUCCCGUUGCCUUCAUUUCUUCUCCUAUUGCAACUUUCCUAUGGCUGAUUGGAGCUACCGGUGUGACCAUCCUUGGCCACGCUUCACUCAUGGAUAGACCAAUCGAGAAUGCUUUUUCCGAGGAGGCGGUCUAG